AGUUCUCAACCAGAGCAGGUUUAAAACAUAAGCAAAAGAACAAAAGGGCGAGCUUGGCACAUGAAUCUUGUGCAGGUUUCUGAAUGGCAGAUCAUUCAACCUCCCUUUUCUUGAGUUUUCUACUGUGCUAUUAUCUUCCACUCAUUUCUGCUUCAUUUUGUGAUUCAUUGACAGAAAAGGAACUGGAAAGGAAUAAAAUCCCCCCUGAUACGGUACAAUUAUACAUUAACGGUUGUAUGGUGAACAGCAUCACAUACAAAGAGAGCCAUCUUCCUGAAAUAAGUUUACACAAUCUCUCCUCCAGUUGCAUCAGAAGUUUACCAGAUAAUGUUCUUCCAGAUCUGAAAAAGAAAUGCCUACAAGAGCUUCCAAACUCAUUUUUGAACAAUACUAGGCUACAAGGAAUUACACUGGUCUGUACCUGUGAAUUCAUUAAGGGCAACACCAAACCGCUAAACAGCAUCGUUUGUGCAGAAAUGUUGAAAAGCUGUGGAAAUACUUCAGCGGCCAUUACUGUAGGAAUUUCCCUUCUUUUACUCGUGAUGAUUUGUGGAAUUGGGUGUGUCUGGCACUGGAAACACCAUGAGACCACACGAUUUACCUUACCGAAGUUUUUGCAAAGAAGAAGCAGCAGGAGAAAAGACUAUACUAAAACAUUCUCCUGGAGUCCCCAUAUUAUUGGCUUAUGGCGUAAAACCCCAGCUGCAACCCGAGACCAGAGAUCUGCUGCUGCAGGAACUGACGUGCAGGAGAACUAUGAAAAUGUGGAAGCAGGUCCUCCCAAAGCUGACACAGAAACUGAUAAGGAACUGUAUGAAAACACACGGCAGUCUAACUUCGAGGAGCAUAUCUAUGGAAAUGAGACAUCCUCAGACUAUUAUGACUUCCAGAAGCGUUGUACUUCUGAAGUUCCUCAAGAGGAAGAUAUAUACAUUCUCCCAGAUUAACGUUAGCUUUUCAAAAUACUGAGUGUUGUUAUUAGAGGAUAAAUAUUCACUGUGACUUUUAUUGUACUGAUGCCUUUAGCAAUCAAGUUCUGAUGAAAUCGGACGGUCUCUCCUUUAUCUGCACCUUUCUCAAUUCUCUCUGUGUCACUGUGGAUUAAUUCUAGAUCUCUUCUCCCCUUCCUUGCCCUGGAUUAAAUCUGCAUUAUGCUAUAUUGAUUCUUCCUUCUAAAUGUUGUCUGUUAUCUCUUUCUUUUAUCUCUACCUUCACUAUCUUUUUCUGACUCAGAAUUAUUGUCACAGUCUCCUAAGUGGUCAUCCUGUCUCUAGUUUCUACCUACUCAAUCAAUUUCCCAUGAUACUGCCAGAUUUAUCUUCAGAAAAAUGGCCACAUUACUUUAUUGCUUAAAACCUUUUAAUACCUCAUCUUUGCAAAAGACAUAACUCUUAUAAAUCUAACUCUGGAAUUCAUGAUUUUCCACAGUUGAUUCCAAUUCACUUUUCCAAUAACUUCUCCUACUAAUAAUCCUUGACUGCUCUGCUUUCAUCAGAAUCAUCUGGAAACCUGCUAAAGCCAUCCCUCCUCUACAGCUUUGCUCGUCUGCCCCUCUUUCAAGCCUGCCUAAGAUCAGAGCUUCUUCAGCAAGUCUUUUGAAUCAUUCCAAACCUGCAUUUCCCUUUUUCUUUUCUGAUAUCUUAUAGCUUUUGCUGCCUCUUCAAUCUGUAGAGCAUUUAAACAUUCGAAUGUUUUUGUCAUGACAUUUUAUUACUUAACUUCAUAUGUCUUAAACAACCAGCUAAACAGAAAGGAAUUGCCUCAUAGUCAUAUUUUUAGCCCACAUGUCUACAAUAUUUCAUGAGGCACUAAAUACUUACUCAAUUGACAAGAAUUGAAUUGUACAUUGUCCUAAGUAGUUUUGAGAAAAAAAAAUCUAAUAAAUCUAUCCAUUAUUCAUCCAUCCCAGGAAUACUUACUGAGUAUCUUCUAUCUGCUUGUGCACCUGGGGGACAGAGUUUGGGGGUACAAAAGCAAAAAGAGAGACAUGGUCCUGAACACAUACCAUCCAUUAGGAAGGAAAAGACAAUAAACAAAUAAACAAAUAAAUCCUAUGCUUUUUAUGAAGCUA